ACGUCUGUUAGCUCUGCUGCCUUUAUAAGCUGGGCUGGCGGCGGUUAGGGUAAGGGUUUAGUCUGGGCUCUGCUGCUGAUCAACAACCACCAGCCAUGGUCUUCCUCACUGCCAUGCUCAGUGCACUCAUCUGCCUCGUCUACAGCUCCACCUUACAGGUUUCCUACGAAAACACAGAAGAAACCUCCGGCAGCAACGUGGACGACGAUGACUUCAGUAUUUCCACCUUGCUGGAGAAGGCCAACGCUAACCUGGGAAAGAACCUGGAUGAGCCUCUGGUGAUGUUUGGAGACAUAGCUGUUCCAACGGGUCUCCAGAACGCCGAUCCCUGCACUGCACGGGGCUGCCUGUGGCCCAAAAGCAACGAUGGCAACGUUUAUGUUCCGUAUCGGGUUUCCAACCAGUUCUCCCAAAGAGAACGGGACGUCAUUCUCAACGGUCUUCGGUCCUUCGAAGCCUCCACCUGCAUCCGCUUCAGGCCCCAGCAGCGAGAGCAGGACUUUGUGAGCAUCGAGUCCCGCUCUGGGUGUUAUUCAUUUGUUGGACGCCGUGGCGGCGGACAGACCGUCUCGCUGAGUCGCCAAGGGUGUGUGUUCCACCAGAUUGUCCAGCAUGAGCUGCUCCACGCGCUGGGCUUCAACCAUGAGCAGACGCGCUCCGACAGGGACAACCAUGUGCGCAUACUCCUGCAGAACGUCAUAUCCGGACAAGAGCAUAACUUCAGGAUCAUCAACACCAACAACCUCGGCACGCCGUACGACUACGGCUCCGUCAUGCACUAUGGAAGAUUUGCUUUCUCCAGAAACCGAGAACCAACCAUCAUUCCCGUCCCUGACCCCAACGUGGAGAUCGGCAGAGCCACCCAGAUGAGUGCCAACGACAUCCUGCGGGUGAACCGCCUCUACCGCUGCAAUUCAAACGUUCCUCAGAAGAAACCUUUGAAGAUGUUCCGGGGUUACAGGAAUCACUAGAAGCUGGGACGACAUCGCUGUGCUUUAUUCCAUGGCUUGCCCACAGAUGGAAUCUCUGAUUUCCGAGCUUUGUUCUGAUCCGAUGGGACAGGAACAGAAGCAUCAGAACCGCUGCGUGAAGAGCUGCUCUUUGGCCCAAUGCAAAACUAUAACUAUUAAAGGUCUACCGUGCCAUUUA